AUCUUCUACGCGAGUGCGCGCACGGGCACGCGCUCACAGCUGUCUGGGAGAAAGAGAAAGCGAGAGAGGAGAGGAGCGUUUGCGACGGCCUCGCGCUUAUAAUGGCUGCCAGGGAAAGCAGAGCAAAGGGAAAUCAGAUACAUUGGGAAUAACGUCGUGCACAGGUGAUGAAGAAGAGGAUGGUGAGCAGUCAAGCCAAGUACGAGCUGAUCCAGGAGGUGGGCCGGGGCAGCUACGGUGUGGUUUACGAGGCAGCUGUACGGCAGACCGGUGCUCGCGUGGCUGUGAAGAAGAUCCGCUGUCACUCGCCGGAGAACGUGGAGCUGGCCCUGAGGGAGUUCUGGGCCCUGAGCAGCAUCCAGAGCCAGCAUCCCAACGUCAUCCACCUGGAGGAAUGCGUUCUCCAGAGAGACGGUCUCGCCCAGAGGAUGAGCCACGGCUCCAGCUCCUCGCUCUAUCUGGAAUUGGUGGAGACCUCCCUGAAAGGUGAGAUCACAUUCGACCCCCGCUGCGCCUACUACCUGUGGUUCGUCAUGGACUUCUGCGAUGGUGGAGACAUGAACGCCUAUCUCCUGUCACGCAAACCCAGCCGCAAGACCAACACCAGCUUCAUGCUGCAACUGGGCAGCGCUCUUGCCUUCCUGCAUCGCAACCAGAUCAUCCACCGAGACCUCAAACCCGACAACAUUCUCAUCUCGCAGGGCAGGACCCCGGCCGGGUCCCCUGAACCCACCCUGAAGGUGGCUGACUUUGGUCUCAGCAAGGUCUGCUCCUGUUCUGGUUUGAACCCCGAAGAACCGGCAAGCGUCAACAAGUGUUUCUUGUCCACAGCUUGUGGGACGGACUUCUAUAUGGCCCCUGAAGUCUGGGAGGGCCACUACACCGCAAAGGCUGAUAUUUUUGCUUUGGGGGUCAUCAUAUGGGCCAUGGUGGAACGGAUUACGUUUGUAGAUGUAGAGACUCAGAAGGAGCUCUUAGGGAGCUACGUCCAACAGGGGGAGGAUAUAGUCCCAUUGGGGGAGGCUCUGCUGGAGAACCCCAAGAUGGAGCUCCACAUUCCGGCUCGGAAGAAGAGCAUGAACGCUGGCAUGAAGCAACUGAUUCGGGAGAUGCUCUCCGCCAAUCCACAGGAGCGACCCGACGCCGUUGAGCUGGAGCUCAGGUUGGUUCGGAUCGCAUGCAGGGAACUCGAUUGGGAUACGUGAAAGGACACCAUCUUGGAGAUGGGGUAAACUUCUAGGACUAUAGGCUUGGAGCUUGAAGUGAGAACAUAUUGUUUGACCUUGUCCCAAAUGGCACACAGUGGUCUUCAUUUGGCAGUGUCUGUGAAAUCCAUAAGACUGUAGGAGAGGGAUCCCGAUCCCGAACUCCUGGAGGGUUACCAUCCUGCAGACUUCAGCUCCAACCCUGAUCCAACACACCUACCUGUAAUUUUUAAGCAGCCCUGCACACUUUGAGCAGCUGGUUCUGGUGCGUUUGACUGGGGUCAGAGCUCUAGAAUUGGAGACACCUGCCAUAGGGUUUACCAUUUGGGAAUUUAGUUUAGGCACAAUUUGCUGAGGCCACAAUUACCUGUGCUGCAAAGUAUAGACUUUGUCGGGGAAUACUGCAUAGGCUGAUGGUGCCGUUUGGGACAGGUCCUUUGAAAUGGGUUUUUAGUGGGUGAUUGCACUGGUCCGUGUUUUCUUUUUUCUUGAUAUUCUUACAGUUUAGUACAACCGAUUCAUUGAUUAUAAACUGCCUUUAAGAUGUAAAAUGCUUAUUACUGUCUCACCUGUUCACAAGCAAAUUGGGACUUUCAUCAGCGAGAGUCCAAAUGAGCUUCAGGGGGGUUUCAUUGCUGGAAAAUCAUCAGAUAUCCACCUUCCAUUGACCAUAAACCACAUCAACCCAGAUAAACACACAGGUCCACAGAAUUCCCAGAACAUUCCAUCAGACAUCAGACAUCAGAGAGCAUGUAGAUUAGGGCUGGGCUAUAAAAUGUGUUUGUAAAAUAUUUUGGUUUCAUGAAAAAUUCUAUAUUUUCACUUGGAUGGUGUCUGAUUUAAUUUAUUUGUUCAUGAAUUGGAAGGCAUGAAAAAGUGGUCUACUCACAUGAUUUCAAAGGAUAGAAAAAAAGGGUUCGAAUCGGAGUUGAUAUUCAUGUUCAAGUUAAUGCCCAGCCCUGAUGUAGUUCUAAUACAGCACAGCAAAAAGACUCAUGGCUUCCAUCUUUCUUGGGAGCUCUUUAGUUCUCUAUGAGAGCUACUCUCACCACACUCCCGGUGCUAAUUCAACUUGUAAUGCAAAGUGGAAAACAUGCAGAAAAUAAUGGCUUUUUCUUUUCUUUCUUUUUUACAGCCACUUUGAAUUUAUGGGCUUUUUACAACAGGAUUAAUAUCUGUUUUUUCUGUGCUUCACACACAAAAGGGCUUCAGGGAGUAUUUCUAUCACUCAAUAAAAAACAAAACAAUUCUAAAAAAACAUCAAGGCAAUAAUUUAUAUUUUGACAAGAUAUUCUGAAAAUUAUUCUGUAAUAUUUGUCAUCCUGCUGAACAGGUGAAAUUUGAAUAAUCAGUCAAUUAUUACGCAUUUUAAUAAAAACAUGAGUGCCUGGAAGAUUAAGUUUUAAGGCACUUCAGACAGUAUCUGAUAAACUGACACACAAACAUAUACUCUGUCUUUACCUCUUGCUGGACACUGAUUCUGGCCCUAAAGGCAUCUGUGUGUACUAUGUGUGUCCAUUUUGGAGCACCAGGUGUAAAGUGAUUCAACAUAAACAAAAGUCCUGAUUAGA